AUGGCUCUGGGGCGCGCAGGGAAUGAGCUCCCUGGAUGGUACAUUGAGGAUGCCAGCAGCGGGAUGCUCUACAAGCGGGGACGGCUCCUGGGAGAGGGUGCCUUUGGGCGCUGCUACCAGCUGACGGAGGUGGCCAGUGGCAGGGUCUACGCAGCAAAGGUCAUCCCUCGAGCCCAGCUCACUGCAGUGGGCAUCAGAGAGAGAGUGAGUCCAAGGAGGGGGGACAGAAUGUCCCGAAGGAUGCACCACCCGCACAUCGUCUGCCUCCAUGGGCACUUCACUGACCGCCACCACAUCUACCUGUUGCUGGAGUACUGCAGCCGGAGGUCCCUCGCCGACAUCCUGCAGGCGCGGGGUAGGCUGACGGAGCCGGAGGUGAGAUACUACCUGCUGCAGGUCAUCUCAGGGCUGCGCUACCUCCACGGACAGGGCAUCAUCCACCGGGACCUCAAGCUGAGUGCGUGGGGCAGCGCUGGGGUGGCACGAGGGUGA